GAACUGAGACUGAUCAGCAUUGAAUCGAUUUCGCUGCACGACGGAACGCUUGCCAAAUCGACGCGCUGCUCUGUGCUCAAGUAAUCAAGUUUUGCAACUUAUCAUAUCAGGAUGCACAUGAGCAUCGCGCUGCGUGUCUAGGGACAGAGGCGCUUACUUCGGACAAGAGCCCGGGCAGCUCUGAGCCUGCUGACCCACAUGGCGUCUGGGCCAGUUGGGAGGGUGGUCAGCCGCCUGCACCCCUGCGUCCUCCGGAGCGCAACCACACCUCUGGACGUAGCCGUGCGCUCAAGCUGCGGGCUCGCAGCACCUGGCACCGGAUGCCCCGGAUGUGCCUAUGACCUCCGUGGGAGGGAGGCUGGUGACACUGCCCGCGCGAUGCCACGCGCGGCACCAGGCUUGUCCUCCAGCACUGCCAAUGCUUAUGCCAGGACCAGAAGCAGUACGCUACGCAUCUUCCGCUCUAGCCUCAGAUUCAGCGCCGAAACAUCGGGAUCGCAUUGGGGGCUGGUGGACAGGGCUGGGUCACGCAGAUGCGGUUCGGGGCUUGCAGCUCAGCUCGUGCAACCGCCCACACGCCACCAUCAGCCACCAGGACAGCAAUUUCAGCACCAGCCGUAUGCCAGCCACAUGCCACAAGCCCGAACGCGGCACCGAGAUCACAGCUUCUUAACCGCUACAUCAACUGGAGCAGAGGCAGCGGGGCCCAGCAGCAUGCUGGCCCCACGCGGGGUGCCCCCAUUGAGCCCUGCGUGGCUGUCCGGGACACCAGCGGCGGCACCUCUUCACACCAGGUGGCCAUUCUCAACUUCCUUCAGCACAGCUGCCGCUACCCCGGGCAGCGGUGCCAGCAUGACCGGCACUGGCCCAAGCAGCACAGCCGGCACAACCACAAUGGGUCCCGCUUCCGACGACGGCCUUGAUCCCUUGGAGCGGCAGCGGGCGCGGCGGGCAGAGGCGCGAGAGAGCAAGGGACCCAUGCCACAGCGCGGGAAGCUGGUGGACGCGGCGCGCUUCAGAGCGGCCGGGGGCCACGGCGGCGCGGGUGUGGCGGCGUUUGAGCCGGUCGGGCGAGGGCGAAACCUCGCUGCAUUGGGCGGCAACGGCGGUCCGGGGGGCGAUGUGUUGGUACGAGCCAGCCGCGAUGCGCCCGGCCUCCACGGCAUUAUGACGUCUGUAACGGGUGGCCGCGGCGGCCCCGGCGGCGCCGGCGGGCAGUCGGGCGGCCGGGGGGUGGACAGGGUCGUGGAGGUGCCGCUGGGGACCACUGUGCGGCUCGGGGCAGACACGCGGGGGCUGCAGCAGCAGCAGCAGCAGGAGCAGAGGGAGCAGGGGCAGGAGGCAGGGGCGGGGAUGUGGGUUGAAGGUGGGGAGGUGGUGUGGGAGGACGUGCCGGAUGACGAGGACGAGGACGAGGAGGUUCAGGAGGAGGAUGGCGAGCUUGGAGAUGAAGGGGAGGAGUUGAAGAGCAGCGAGCGUCCGGGCAGUGACGACGAGGGUACGACGAUCGGCGGAGGGCCACACGGCGGCCGGCAGGACAGCGGCGUCGAGCAUGUGGUGGAGCUGACACAGCACGGCCAGGAGCUGCUGGUGGCGCGUGGCGGCGCGGGCGGCCGCGGCAACAAGUCAUUUCCGGCGCUGGCGGGACGGCCCGCACCCGACACGUCGGAGCCGGGGCAGCCAGGCGAGCUGCGCUGGGUGAUCCUGGAGACGCGGCUGCUGGCGGACGUGGGGUUUGUGGGGCUGCCCAACGCCGGCAAGAGCACUCUGCUGGGAGCCAUCACGGCGGCACGUGCCAAGGUGGGCGCCUAUGCCUUCACCACGGUGCGGCCCCAGCUGGGCACCAUCACCUUCGAGGACGGAUCUCGCCUGGUCACAGCUGACAUCCCAGGACUGGUGCAGGGGGCUCACGCCAACAAGGGCCGCGGCAACGCCUUCCUGCGGCACAUUGAGCGCUGCCGGUGCUUGGCUUACGUGAUUGACCUGUCGGGAGGCACAGGGAGCAAGCAGGGCGGCGGCAGGGGCGGCGGCAGACGCAAGGCGCCGCCCCGCCGGCGUGACCCGGGCUUGGAGGAGCAGGAGGCAUUUGCGUCCCUGGGUACGGAAAACCUGACGCCAGCGGAGCAGUUGGCAGUCCUGCAGGACGAGCUGGGGCGCUACAGCCCACGCCUACUGGAGGCGCCGGCGCUGGUGGUCGCGAACAAGCUGGAUGCAGUGGCGGACCCGGCGGCGGCGCUGGCAGAGCUGGCGGCCGCGACGCCGCUGCCCAUUGUACCCGUGUCGGCAGCAGGGCGAGUGGGGCUGCGGCGGCUGACGGAGGCGCUGAGGGUGGUGGUGCAGUUGGGAGAGCAGAGAAAGGCGCCGGCUGUGGGACCAAACUGACUUUGUUACGAGUCAGCGUACUGUGCAUCAGCAGCGUGUGCGAGAGGCUGCACAUGCCAUGCGGACAUGCGGUCACUGCGGAGACAACUGCAGGUUGUCGCACGCACCGCAGCUGUUGUCGUCAGUAUGUGCGCACAAGUUGACAUAACGU